ACCAGCCACCACCUUAAAACCGGACUUCCCUGCGGACCCGCACCCGAAAACCCGCCCUUCCCGUGCCCCAGACAUGGACAACUCCUCUCUAACCGACGACCCGCAAGUCCGCCUGGCCCUCUACAUCGCCAUGGCCCACGCAGGCGUUGCAUUCGCCAUAUUCGUCCUCUACGGUGUGAGCAAAUUACUUGACGUCUAUCUCCGCCCAUUACUUUGGGCAGUUAUUUGUUCCAUCCCUCUUAGAGGCAUCCACCACACCCUGGUUUCCUUCUGGUCCGAACCGUUGAAAUCCGGUCUAACCGAUACAUUUCUAGCGGUUCCAAUGUCCAUGUUUAGAGCCUUUAUUGGUACCAUUGUGGAGAUCAAAGAGUUGAUAUAUACAAUAAUUGGUCAUAGGAUGAGAAACUUUAACCAAGCACGAACACGAAGAAAGACUGGAUUUUCUAUAUUGUUAAGGCGGUUGGUGUCGUUGUGGUUGUUUGUCAUGGCUUAUGAGCAGUUUGGGGGGAUAGGGGCUUGUACAUUGUUGUUGUUGGGGUUUAUGUUUACGUCGCGAAACGUUGGUUGUAGGAUUUCCUCUUUUAGGAGUUAUAGCUUUAAGCGGACGCCUCACACGGCAUUUUUGACGCGUGGGGUGUUGAAACGGUUGGAGACGAUUGUGGCGAUUGGGUUGAUCAUGGCUAUGAUUUUUGGUAGUUUGUUUGCUACAUGUUUUUUUUCAUAUAAGAUUGGAGUGGAGAGUAGAGACGCGGUUUAUUCAAUUAAAUCGCGUGUGGAAGAGAGCGAGUACGCGGCAGAGUGGAUGUCAGAGGACAAUGUGCGCGCGAUGGUGGCGAAAUAUACGGCGCAGUUUUAUGGGACAGUGUUUGAUCAGAUUGAUAAUUUGGCUAUGCAGUAUAAUAUGACUGAGAUAGUUGAGGAAAUGAAGAAUAUUAUGGCACCAAGAUCCACAAACUCUUCUGCACCUUCAACCGCAUUGACAAAAACGAAUCCGUUUGCAGAGAAGAUUCUGAAUUUGAGAAGGCGGGUCAAGAAUCGCGAAUGGGCCGAGCUUUAUCCUGAGGUUAACGCGCUUUUUAGAGAAGUGUUGAUUAGUAGAGAAGAUAUAAUAGAAAAGGCGAAAGCCAUUGCUUUUCAAGGGAAAGAUGUGAUCCAACGCGUGUUAGCUAGUGGUCAAUCGAUCGUUGGUGGUAGUACGAGGCUUGUGUUUGUGAUCAUCGAGUCGAUUGUGACAGGUGCAGCUGGAUUGUUUAGUUUUCUUUCGCAGUCCAUGGUUUUUACAUGGGUUUUAUACGCGCUUAUAACGUCAGAUUCGAGUGGAGUAACCGAACAAGUAAUGUGUAUGCUUCCCAUUUCAAAGUAUGCAAGAACUAGAUGUGUUGAAGUGCUUGAUAAAGCGAUUUCGGGGAUACUUUUAGCCACUGCUGAGAUUGCCUUCUUUCAGGGGUGUCUUACUUGUCUUUUGCUUAGAUUAUUUAAAAUCCAUUUUUUGUACGUGUCGACGGUACUUGCUGUCUUUAGCCCGUUCUUCCCGUUACUGCCGUAUGUUUUCGCAACGGUUCCUGCCAUUUUGCAGUUAGUGAUGGAAGGGAGGUAUAUAGUGUCUAUAGUUUUGCCCAUUAUUCAUGCACUCCUUAUUAUGUAUGGUGAUAGUGAAAUAGAAGAGCAUAUACCAGGCCAUAAUCCGUAUCUUACGGGCCUUAGCAUCAUCGGUGGAGCUGCAAUUUUCCCGUCUGCACUCGAGGGCGCGAUAAUGGGGCCACUGAUAACGACAAUUGCUAUCGCGAUUAAGGAUUUGUAUGUAGAAUUUGUUUUGAACGAACCAAAGGAGAUCAAAACCGAAUAG